AUGGGGAAUGCCGUCGCACUUGAAAGCGUAGCUGAGAGUUCACGACGUCGAAUGCUUAUGCAACAAUAUAAUUGUCAUUCUAAAGAUUACCUUGUUGCAAACACGUUAAUGCAGGCAUUCGAGCAGCGGCGGCUGUGUAGUAUACAUUCUGACAGGGCCAGUCAAACUGAGCAAGAUUCUCGCAAUAUAAAACCACUCCUGUCUCUACCACUGCACGAUAUAUACGACGUUUUAAAACAUAAGUUUGGAGUGCAACUGUCGCUUGAGGAACUGCCAAUUGUGCUCCAGCAUCUUGGCUGUCGGGUAGUUGAGUCUUCAGCAUCAUCUAGCACCUCAAACUUUAUUUUUGAAUGUUAUACGAUUGACGGGCUUGUCGAGUUCAUUGCACCCCGUCGAAUACUGCGCCAAUCAAAGAGCCCCACACAGUGUUCUUACUUCCUAAAGGUACCUGAUCAUGUAACGAUUUGGCAUGCUGCCAAGAUGGGAGACUUGGAAAUAUUCAAAGCUAUUUGCACAACGAAUAUCGACACCUAUCGCUCACUUGACGACUUUGAAAACUCGUCACUCUACUACGCUAGUCUAUGUGGUCGUGAAGUCAUUGUUGAUUUUAUAAUCAAAGUCUAUGAACAACAAAAUUGCAAGAUUUGCUCAAAUGAGUUUCAGCGUUGUGUGACAAAUGCUUUGACUCCCUACACACGUGCUUUACUUCAGCAAAAGAUGACGCUUUGUGAGGUAUUAGAUGCAAAGAAACACGACAAGAAAUUCAAAGACGAUUAUUUUGAAGAUGAACCAUGGUUUGGUAUGAUGGAUGAUAAUGAAUAA